AUGCAGAACAAAGUCGUCUUCCUCUCCGCCAUCCUGGCUUGUGGUUCCGCAUCUUUUCUCUCCGACCAGAAUAGCAAACUCGUCGAUGACGGCCUGGACAACAACCAAAUCCGCAGUCCGCUUUUCACUCAGGACAUCCUAGCCCUUCCCAAUCUCCCUGAUGAGCUUCGAAAGAGGGCCACAGACACGGACCUGUGCUUCACCAUCAAUCGCGAUGAUUGUGAGGACUCAAUGAUCAGCUUUCUUGCCUGUGCUGCGGAUACAAAUUCCGGGGAGUGUGUCCUUGGUGCAGAGUGCGUCAUCACCCCUAAAGAGUGUCUGCCUGAGGUCAAAUUGCAGGCUCGCCAGGACGGCGGCGGCUCGCCCUUCGACCCUGAGCUCUCUCAACGAUCCCCAGACGAUGUGGAACCCACCUUGAGCAUCCUGGUCGACUCGAACGCAGUUGAUGAAGUUCCCCUCGAGACCCGACAGGAUGCAAGGAUCAGUGACGAGAUCCAGGCAGCCAUCCCGGCUGAAGUCAGAAACGCAAUGCUCAACAAUCCCGAUGCUGCCGAGUCUCUGGCCAAUGUAUUCUCCGGUGGCUCGAAGCCGCAGUGGUUUGCCAGGCUGCCUGCGAGCGUCACCAACUACUACGCCACCAUCACCCCUCCACCCACCAUGACCGGCUAUGUCAUCAAGGACACAACAAAUGACCCAGAAAGGCAAAGUCUUGACAACUGGGUAGCAUCUGUUCAGUAUUACAAGGACCUCAUCGCAUCUGCCUCUCUGUCGGCGGCUUCCGAGUCGGACUAUGCCAGAAGGAUGUCAAGAGCGGCGGAGGAAAAGUCCAAGUGGGCAAGCGAAGAAGAGGACGGACAAUUGCAAACCAGCGCAUGGGAGCAAUCAAGGUUGGCUGCGUCUGCGUCUACCCACGCUGCCGCUGAAUCAAGCUAUGCUGCCUCGGCGUCUCGGACCGUUUAUGGACAAAAAGCUCAAAUUGGACAAGGAUCCACCGCCGACAUGCAACUGGCAUUUGGUUCGAGCAUCGUUGGGGCUGUGGUGUGCCUUGGGUUGGCUUUUGCUCUGUAA